AUGAAGGAGUACCACGUCAGGGUUCUAGCAGUGAGUGGGAACCAGCAAGCAGAGCACUACAAGGGGAAGUAUGCAGCUCAAGACCUGGAGGGUGAGGACGGAGAGGCUGAGGGCACAUUGCCUCUGAGACUUGAUGACACUGGAGGGGCUGAAGACAUCAACGAGAUAUCUGGAGUGGAUCCUUUUGUCUGCACGACUCAGGCCAUAGCUGACAUAGUGAUCCUGGUGGAUGGAUCCUGGAGCAUCGGCAGGAUCAACUUCCGCUUGGUCCGCAUGUUCCUGGAGAACCUGGUCAACGCUUUCAGCGUCGGGAUCGACCAGACCAGGAUAGGUCUGGCCCAGUACAGUGGGGACCCCAGGAUAGAGUGGCAUCUGAAUGCCUUCAGCACUAAAGAUGCAGUUCUCGAUGCUGUGAAGAACCUGCCCUACAAGGGAGGCAACACGCUGACAGGCCUGGCCCUGACCUAUAUCCUGGAGAACAGCUUCAAGCCCGAGUCGGGCUCCAGGAGCGGCGUACCCAAAGUUGGUAUCCUGAUCACAGACGGGAAGUCCCAGGAUGAUGUGAUCCCCCCCGCCCAGAGCCUGAGGGAUGCUGGCGUCGAACUCUUCGCCGUCGGUGUGAAGAACGCUGAUGAGAAUGAGCUGAGGGCCAUAGCUUCUGAGCCUGACCACACUCAUGUGUACAACGUGGCAGACUUCAGCAUCAUGAGCUCCAUAAUAGAGGGACUUACCAAGAUAGUAUGUGAACGGGUAGAGGAUCAGGACAAGGAGAUCAAAGGAGAGUCUGCAGAACAGGAGACACGGGGAGCUCCUCAGGACCUAGUGAUAUCAGAGGUGACAGCCAGGAGUUUCAGGGUGUCCUGGAGUCACGCCCCCGGCAGUGUAGAGAAGUACCGUGUGGUGUAUUACCCAGCUACCCAGGGAGGACGGCCUGAAGAGUCUGUGGUGGACGGCACAGAGAACUCUGUGGUUGUGCAGAAUCUCAACUCCUUGACAGAGUACCAGUUAGCUGUGUUUGCUGUCUACACCAGCUCAGCUAGCGAGGCACUUCGUGGCAGCGAGACCACAUUGGCUCUCCCCAUGGUGAACGGCCUGGAGCUGUACGAUGUUACCCACAACACUAUGCGGGCGCGGUGGAGCGGUGUGCAGGGCGUCUCGGGGUACACGGUCCUCUACGCCCCCCUGACCGAGGACGUGGCCUCCGACGAGAAAGAGAUGAAGGUGUCAGACGCAGUAACUGAUCUGGAGCUGGGGGCCUUGACUCCUGCUACAGAGUACACUGUGACAGUCUAUGCCAUGUAUGGAGAAGAGGCUAGUGAUCCUAUGACUAACCAGGAGACCACCUUGCCACUGAGCCCUCCCAAGAACCUUGUGUUCUCUGAGGUGGACCACAACUCAGCCAAACUGUCGUGGGAAGCUGCCUCUAGGAAGGUGACAGGAUACCGCAUUAUGUACGUCAAGACUGGCGGGCGACAGACUAAUGAGGUGGAGGUGGGUCCAGUCACGUCCUGGACUCUAAAUGACCUGACGUCUGUAAUGGAGUAUGAGGUGGCCAUCUUUGGGAUCUACAACGAGGGCCAAUCAGAAGCCAUCUCUGGCAUGUUCACCACCGACCCUGUGCCAGGCCCCGUUGACCUCCAGGCCAGUGAGGUCACCACAGAGAGCUUCCGGGUCAGCUGGGGUCACUCUGUUCCGGGCAUCGUCCUCUACAAACUGACCUGGGCUUCUUAUGAUGGAGAGGACACUAAGGAGAUGGUUCUAAGUGGUGACGUGGACUCCUUCCUCCUCAGUGGACUGAGCCCUAACACGGAGUAUGAGGUGAUGCUCCAAGCCAUCUUCAAAGACCAAUCAGAGAGUGAUGCAGUGUUAGUGGUGGAGACAACACUUGCCAGGACAACAACGGUUGCCACUACAACGCCAGUGGCACGUCAGGCGGUGAGAGGCCUACAGGUCCAGUAUGAGACCACCUACAGUCUGGAGGUGUCAUGGCAACUGGAGGACCCUAAGGUGGACCAGUACAGAGUCACCUACGUCAGCCUCACGGGAGACCGCAACGAGGAGUCAGUCCUGGUGCCUGGGCAGCAGACCACAGUCCUUCUCCAGCCUUUGCUGUCUGACACAGAGCACAAGGUGACCGUCACCCCAGUCUACACAGACGGACAGGACGGCAUCAGUGUGUCUUCUGUGGGCAGAACAUUGCCCCUCUCAGCACCUAGCAACCUGAGGGUGUCUGAGGAGUGGUUCAGCCGCUUCCGCAUCACCUGGGACACGCCUCCUUCUCCCACCAUGGGCUUCAGGGUAGUCUACCAACCCACCACUGUGCCGGGGUCAGCUCUGGAGACCUUUGUGGGAGACGACGUCAACACCAUGCUGAUCCUGAACCUGCGGAGUGACACUGAGUACAGUGUGAAGGUCAUCGCUUCCUACACCACGGGAUCCAGCCAACCACUCCAGGGCACUGCCAAAACAUUGUACCUGGGCGUGACCAACCUGAACACAUACCAGGUGAUGAUGUCCAGUUUGUGUGCCCAGUGGCAGCCCCAUCGCCAGGCUAACCUCUACAGGGUGGUCAUCGAGUCUCCGCUCAAUGGCCAGAAGCAGGAAGUGAGUGUUGGAGGCUCUGCGUCUAGACAGUGUUUCUAUGGUCUGACUCCUAACAGCCAGUAUCAGAUCAGUGUUUCCACCCAGCUACAAGACAUGGAGGGGCCUGCUGUUACCACCAUCACUACUACACUUCCUGCCCCCACCCAGCCACCGACACCACCCCCCACGUCACCCCCCCUACCGACCAUACCGCCCGCCAAGGAAGUCUGUAAGGCAGCCAAAGCUGACCUGGUCUUCUUGGUGGACGGCUCUUGGAGCAUCGGAGACGACAACUUCCAGAAGAUUAUCCGUUUCCUGUACAGUACGAUGGGAGCUCUGGAUCUGAUUGGUCCUGACGGCACACAGGUUGCUAUAGCACAGUUCAGUGAUGAUGCCAGGACAGAGUUCAAGCUGAACUCAUACGCUAACAAGGAAACGCUGCUCGACGCCAUCCAGCGUAUCACAUACAAGGGAGGGAACACCAAGACAGGCCGAGCCAUUAAGCAUGUGAAGGAGUCUAUCUUCACCUCAGAGGGAGGAGUGAGGAGGGGGGUUCCCAAGGUACUGGUAGUCCUCACCGAUGGCCGCUCCCAAGAUGACGUCAACAAAGUCUCCAAGGAGAUGCAGAUGGAGGGCUACAUCAUCUUUGCCAUUGGCUUUGCUGAUGCGGACUACGGAGAGUUGGUGAACAUCGCCAGCAAACCCAGUGACAGACACGUCUUCUUUGUGGACGAUCUGGACGCUGUCAAGAAAAUUGAGGAGCAGCUGAUCACUUUUGUGUGCGAGGCUGCCACUGCCACUUGUCCAUCGGUUCUGAUGAGCGGCAACACUAUGGCAGGCUUCAGGAUGAUGGAGAUGUUUGGCCUGGUAGAGAAGGAAUACAGUAACGUAGAGGGGGUGUCCCUAGAACCAGGAACCUUCAACAGCUUCCCCUGCUACAGACUGCACAAAGACGCCCUGGUCUCACAGCCCACCAAGUACCUCCACCCAGAAGGUCUGCCCUCUGACUACACCGUCACCAUCCUGUUCCGCCUGCUACCAGAGACCCCCCAGGAGCCCUUUGCAUUGUGGGAGAUCCUGAACAAAGACAAUGAACCCCUGGUGGGGGUCAUCCUGGACAACAGUGGGAAGACUCUGACGUUCUUCAACCACGACUACAAGGGAGACUUCCAGACAGUCACAUUUGAAGGGCCUGACAUCAAGAAGAUGUUCUAUGGCAGUUUCCACAAGCUCCACAUGACGGUCAGUAAGACCACAGCCAGGGUGGUGAUGGACUGUAAGGUAGUGGGAGAAAAGCCCAUCAACGCGGCUGGCAACAUCAGUAUAGACGGGGUGGAGGUACUGGGACGCAUGGUACGAUCCAGAGGGAAGAGGAACAACUCAGCUCCGUUCCAGAUCCAGAUGUUUGACAUUAUCUGCAGCACGUCCUGGGCCAGUCGAGACAAGUGCUGUGAGCUCCCUGGACUGAGGCUGGAGGAGGACUGUCCUGCCAUGCCCCAUGCCUGUAGCUGUUCUCAGGACAGUAAAGGACCUCCUGGACCCACGGGACCCCCCGGAGGUGCUGGUAUCAGAGGGGCCAGAGGAAAUCAAGGGGAGCCAGGCAAUGUGGGGCCUCAAGGACUAGUUGGUGAUAAAGGCCCUCCAGGACCACAGGGCCCCCCUGGUCCUCAAGGGCCUAGUGGACAUUCCAUCCAGGGACCACCGGGUGGUAAUGGUGAAAAGGGAGAGAAAGGAGAUAUUGGUUUCCCAGGACCUCAGGGUAUUGGUGGAUCUCCUGGCGGACCAGGAAGAGAUGGACAAGUUGGACAGAGGGGCCUGCCUGGGAAGGAUGGACCACAAGGACAGCAGGGUACUACAGGCCCCAUUGGCAGUCCUGGAGCACCCGGGGCCCCUGGUGGAAGUGGCUCUCCUGGACCGCUGGGAGACCAGGGACCACCUGGCUCUGCUGGUACCAAAGGAGAAAAGGGUGAACGGGGAGACCUGCAGUCUCAAGCUACCGUCAGGGCCUUAGCACACCAAGUGUGUGAGCAACUGAUUCAGAGUCACCUGUCUCGGUACAACUCCAUCCUGAACCAGAUCCCCAGCCAGUCGGUGUCUGUGAGGACGGUACCAGGACCUCCAGGAGAGCCUGGUCACAGAGGUCUGCCAGGGUCACAGGGAGAGGGGGGGCCCCCUGGCAGACCAGGGUUCCCUGGGACCAACGGUCAGAAUGGACGACCGGGGGAGAGAGGUUUCCCAGGAGAGAAGGGGGAGAGGGGGAGUCAAGGUGUGGGGACACAGGGCCCCAGAGGUCCCCCAGGGCCACCAGGUCUUCUAGGAGAGGGCCGUACAGGCAGCCAGGGGCCCCCAGGUAGACCAGGUAGCCAGGGCCCCCCAGGGCGACCGGGCACCCCUGGAUCCACGGGCCCCGCUGGUGCUGCUGGCUACUGUGACCAGAACUCCUGUUUGGGCUACAACGUUGGAGUACAACAACUCCCCCACACCAACUACCAAAACUAUGACCCCACUGGCCGCUAUGACCCCCGUGGAAAUUACAACAACGACGAGGAAGAGGAAGAUGAUGAGGAAGAGGACCCAUACGCUGGGUAUAGAGGCUACCCCCCUCAGUACUACCAGCCCAAUUACCCUGCACCCCAAUCCCACUCCCAGGACACUGAGCUAAGGUCCCCAGGGAUAAUGAUGAGGCGCUUCUCCAGAGACGUGGUCACACAGAGGAGAGCCACCGCUAACACAGCCCAGACAGGACACACAGACCAGACUGGACAGAGGAGCGAAGCUGCAGCAGAUACUGAAGGAGAGGUGGAGGUGAUUGGAGAAGCUCAGACUGGACACACAGACCAGACUGGACAGAGGAGCGAUGCUGCAGCAGAUACUGAAGGAGAGGUGGAGGUGAUUGGAGAAGCCCAGACAGAACAACCACCUUUCUAAGUCCCUGUGGGUUAAUGAAGAUGUCAAAAAUAUGUACGGCAGGCGUCAGAUACCCCUGUGUCGCUAGCCAGGGUCUCCUGUAUGCUAUUCCUGUAGGAUAGCGAUGUCAGAUUAGGAUAUCCGAAAAGUGCCUGAUUUACGUAAAUGCUGGUGUGUGGGAUGUAGGGGGAUUGAGGAAGAGAAACUAUGCCCAAUGAUGUACAUUAAAAUUACUUACCUUUUUAGUGCAGUUGCAUGCAGCCCUGUGAGCCAGCGCAGUGGGAAUUACUGGAUUGUGUCGUUGGGUUGAUGUGUAAUAAGUCAAACAUCUUUUUGUAAUUUGAGAUCAUGACUGGAUGACAUUUGUACAGGCUGUCAGCUUUUUAUAUAUAUAUAUAUAUUAUGUGUCAUUUACAUUUCAGUGCUUCCAUGUUGACUUUCCCCUCAAUCUUUAAGUUGUCAAGCCAGUUCUCACAAUGGUUCCUCAGUAUUUGCGUACAGUGGCCUCUCUUCUUGAUUUAAUGAGACAUUGUGAUCUCUGUUGAAGCAGCCUUUCCCUCACUGUUAUUGUACGAUGAGGCAUUUGUUUUUAAGUAAGCCUAAACAUCGAGGAACCUAACUUUAACCACUGUCCUAUCAAAGAAAACUACAGCUACUGUAAGACUCUCACGCGUUCUGCCAGAUCGUACUGUUAUCACAUUGUUAAUUGACAUGGACUUGGUCUUGUACGAAUAAGUGUUAAGUUACGCUAACUCGUUUUCCUUAUUGCCGUUAUUAUGAUUAUGCAACGCGGGGCCCGUCCACUGUGAGGAGAAGAGGAGAGUUGAAUAUAGUUAGGCCUGUGGUCUAAUGUGUGUUUUUGGACUGAAAUGGAAUUCAUAAUGUAGAACAAACAGGUACCAGUGGAAUGUCUCACCAGACCACCAAACCUUUGAAACUGAAUUAGGAAGUUAUUUAUUUUUCACUUGAUUAUUUGUUUUAUAACCAAUAAAACUGUACUAAAACAGUGAA